AUGGCUUGUUCUAUCUCUUUGUCUAAAAUCAUCCUUUCCGCCAUUGUUAUGCUCAUCAUCUCUGCAAAAAUCACACACCAGCAAACCACAGAUCUCUACCACCACUGCAUAAAAUACCCAACAACUUUCACUCCCAAUAUUGCCUUCUCAACUAACCUCAAUCAAACUCUCUCUUCCCUAAUCUCAAACGCCACCCUCAGCAAUGGAUUUUACAACGCCAGCACCGGAGGCCCGCUGGCCGUAUCCGAUGAAGCCUAUGGCCUCUUUCUUUGCAGAGGAGACAUCGCUCCUGAUUUAUGCCAAAGUUGUGUCAAGGCGGCCAGUGAAACUAUCAUAACCGUUUGUCCAAAACAGAAGGAAGCAAUUAUAUGGUAUGAAGAGUGCAUGUUAAGGUACUCAAACAAGACGAUUUUCGCCGACAUGGAAGAGAAUCCUGGUUAUUCGAUGGGCAGCAUGAACGAUGUUGUGAAUGUGAGUCAGUUUAAGGAGAGUUUGGAUGGGUUGAUGAGUAGUUUGAUCAAAGAGGCUGUGGGUUCUAGCAAAUUUUUUGCCACAAAAGAAGUGAAUCUCUCAACUGUUACUAGGCUAUAUGGGCUGGCGCAAUGCACUCCUGACAUUGUUUUAUCUGAGUGCAACAUUUGCUUGGAUGACUGUGUUAGUGAGAUUUCUGAAUGCUGUUAUGGGAAGGAAGGAGGUAGAGUUAAUAAGCCUAGUUGCAAUAUCAGGUUUGAAAUGUAUCCUUUUUACUCACAACCAACUCCAACUCCACCUCCAGCACCAGUACCACAACCUCCGCCACCAGUACCCUCAACAAGUACAAGUGGAAAUAGGCAGAUCUCCUUAAAGAGGAUGAUUGAAAUUACAGUUCCUACAGUACUUGUCUUCACAAUAAUUUUAUCCACUUCAUGCUAUUGUCUCUUAAGUUGGAAAGAAGGGAGAAAGUACAGAGCUGUAAAUGAGGGAAAUGUAUUAUCUCCAGCUGGUGAUGAAAUUUCAAUGGUGGAAUUUUUACAAUUAGAUUUGCAUACCAUUGAAGCUGCCACACACAAUUUCUCUGAUGGAAACAAGAUUGGUGAGGGUGGAUUUGGCAGCGUGUACAAGGGUACACUUCAUAAUGGACAGGAAGUAGCUAUUAAAAGGCUAUCAAGAGGCUCAGGCCAAGGUUUGCAUGAAUUUAGGAAUGAGGUUGCGUUGGCAGCCAAGCUUCAACACAGAAAGUUAGUGAGGAUAUUAGGGUUUUGUGCGGAAAAAGGGGAGAAAAUACUCGUCUAUGAAUUUGUGCCCAACAAAAGCCUUGACUACUUCCUUUUUGAUCCUGAAAAACAAGGACUUUUGAAUUGGCCAAUGCGUUGCAAGAUUAUAGAAGGAAUUGCUCGAGGACUUCUAUAUCUUCAUGAAGAUUCUAGAUUUAGAAUUAUACAUUGUGAUCUUAAAGCCAGUAAUGUCUUGUUGGACGAGGACAUGAAGCCGAAGAUAGCAGAUUUUGGCAUAGCAAGGAUUUGUGGGAUGGAUCAAAGUCGAGGAAGUACAAGCAGAAUUGUUGGAACAUAUGGCUAUAUGUCUCCAGAGUACGUGUUGCACGGACAAUUCUCAAUUAAGUCUGAUGUGUACAGUUUUGGAGUUUUAGUAAUAGAGAUCAUAAGCGGUAAAAAGAACAAUUGUUUCUAUCAAUCAGCUUAUGCUGAGGGCCUCUUGAGCUAUGCUUGGAGACUUUGGAGGGAAGGAACGCCAUUAAAGCUAAUGGAUAAAACUUUAGGUGAUUUGUUUUCGCCAGAUGAGGUCAUUCGAUGCAUCCAUAUCGGAUUAUUGUGCGUUCAAGAAGAUCCAACAGACAGGCCUAUAAUGGCAACAAUAUUGCUUAUGCUUAAUAGUUUCUCUACUGCACUGCCGUUACCAAAACGACCAGCAUUUUCUAUUCAUAGAACGACAGAGCAAAGCAUGCCAAAAACGAGUCCAGAUUCAAUUCAAUAUUCAGGCAAACCCAUGCCUUCAUAUGUGAAUGACGAGCCCAUCACUGAACUCUACCCUCGUUAG